AGUUUUAUUUUGAAGGCAACCUUAUAGGAAGUUAUUUGCCUAGUUCACCUGUCUGACGUGCGUGGUGACGUCAUGGGUCUGGAAAAAUAUGCGGAUCUGCUCCUUCAGCCCGACGAUUCGUCACCGUUCUUAUGCUGGGAAAACUAGAGACCGAGAAACGAUCAGAGCGGUUCUCGAAACUAGGUUCACAACCUGCUGUGGUUUUUCUGUCAUCUGAAGGUAAGCCUUGAGGAAGUGCAGAAGAAAAUAACACCGGAGCAGAAGUGGAGCUUUUAUUUUGAUCAGCAUAAGAAGAAACGGUCUUGGAUCGGCUCAGUUUGAAGACUGGAUCUGAGAUCCAUGAACCACCUGCAGAUUUAGCUAGCAGAGCCCAUUGGAGGCGGGAUGGAGGAAGCGUACAGAGAACUUUAUCAGCAGUUUCUUUGCCUCCGGUCAUUGUGCCUCAGACAGGCAGCUCUGCUUCACCAGCUCACGACAGUUCUGCAGAAACAGCAAGGUGUCUCCGCUCCUGAAGUAGGCGAUCUGAUUUCCCUCCCUGUCCAGUGCUCCCAUGAGAUCCCUGCGUGUCUGUACGAGAAGCCUCAGCCACUGUCGUCUGCAGGACCAGACCCGGCGCAGGACCAGCCGAAUGCUGGCUGUGCUGCUGGUAUCCUUGCUGAAGGCAUGGCGAAGCUCAGCAUGGACAUGCCUUGGCAGAGAAAGCCGGGCGAGAAGACGGAGAUGUUGAACCCGUUCAUGUUUAAUCUGGAUUCCUCCAAAUACAACGUAGCUUCUUCUCCCAGAUCUAAGCCCUCAGAACAAAAUGAUCUUGGCAGAGACAGAGCUCUACACACGGCAAUGAUGCCGAUGGCUGACGGAGGCCUCCUGAACCUGUCCGUCGGCGGCAUGAUGUCCGACGCGGCGCUGCAAUCACACGUUUGUGAGUUCUGCCAGGCGGUUUUUCCCAGAGACUCGACAACGCGAGGAGAAUACCUGCGACACCUUUGUACCCAUGUUGCAUAAACCAAACGUUGUUACGAAAAAGUAUUUGCCCCACUUGCACGUUUUAGAUCAUUAAACUAGCUUUAACGUCAGAGAAUGAUAACCUGAGCAAAAAUGUAGCAAGCUGUUUUUAAAUGAUAUCAUUUAUCUACGGGAAAAUGUGUGGAAAAAGUAUUUGCCCUGUUGUUAUAUCAUGAAUUAACUGUGAUUAACCACUAUUUUGGCUCAAUUUCAUGAGCUAAGGCUUGGUCUGAUUUCUCCCAGACCUGUAGAGUUAAUAAAUCCCUUAAAGCUGUCUCACAGCAUGAGGUACGCUAAAGAAUGUCAAAAAGCAACACGUCCUGCUCUGACCUAAAGAACUUGAUAUCUAUCAGUCUGGGAAGGGUUGCUAAAUCAAUUUCUAAGGCUUUGGGAUUCCUGUGAACCAUUGUCUAGAGUAUAAGGACACAUUAACGGCGGCGAACCUUCCCAGAAGAGCACAUUGACAACUUCAGGAAGUCACAAAACAACCAGGGACAACUUCUAAAGCUUUUCUCAGCCUGUUUGAUUAUGUUUAUUAUUUUCCCUGAGCUAUAUGAAAUCAUAAUUAGAAUGCUGUAUUUUGUAUUCUGUGAGGUUAUCUUUAUCUGAUAUUGAAAGUUGUCCGAUGAUCCAAAACAUUUAACUUUGACAAAUAAGCAAAGAGGGAGAACAUCUGUAAGGGGGGAAACACUUUUUCACGGCCCUGUAGUUCUUCCUUUACUGACAUUUGACUUGUGCUGUGAUGCUGCAUGUACAGCUCUCCGGGGGAAAAAGCCUCUGGGAAGUGUAUCAUGGGGUGCUCUUUAUUUGUGUAAAAUCCUCAGUUGAUUGUAAACUGAUGAGAGAGGGUGACAUUUUGUGUCUUUAUUGAGAAAUGAAUAGGAGACGGUUUUAAAGCCUUAGCUAAAUGUGAAUGUUUUUCUUUUUUUUUUAAAGUUUCUCACCCAGGGAUUUAUUUGUCCUUGACCAUGUUUGUGUAAAUACAUUUUGAAUGCAACAAAGAUGCAAGGAGUUUUGUUCACAAAUCAUUUCCGGGAAUUUCUCUUAUCACUUUGCCAUGCCAGCCAUUUGCAGAUGAGCCCAAAUCAUCUGCAUCGAUAACAAGGUUCACCUAAACCCGGUCAGGUUCAUUCAGCUCCUUCGCCAGGAGGUGGCUCCCCGGAGAACGGAUGAAUUAUUUUACAAGCAUCUGGAAUUUAAAAGCAAUCUAUCUUUUAAGGACUGCUUUGGUUUUCACGGAUCUCGAAAUUAUUAUGCAAACUAAAAAAAAAA